UCUGUGUUGAUAGCCUUCCGAAAAAGCAAUCGAGCGUGGCUCCCUCGAGCAGCCUGUAAGCAAACGAGGGAUAGGAAGAUGGCAUCCACCGACCAACCUGACCCUUCCACACAGCCUGGCCUUCCACCUGGAGAUGAAGCGGCAACUCCCCCCAGAGAAGCACUGAUUACCACUGCUGUAAAAUUUCUACAGAACCCAAAAGUACGUCAGAGCCCCUUGUCCACCAGAAAGGCCUUCUUGAAGAAAAAAGGGCUGACGGAUGAGGAGGUAGAUUUGUCCAUUCUGCGCUCUGGCAGCACAGAAGAAAUCCUUCCUCUGAGUCCUGCAGAGCCCCCACAUCCACUCCAUGCAACUCAGCUGGCUCUUGCACCACACAGUCCUGCAGGGUACAGAUGGAGAGACUAUGGUGCCCUCACUAUCAUUAUGGUGGGCAUCGCCUUUGGCUUUCAUCAGCUUUACAAAAAAUACAUCCUUCCCCUCAUUAUGGGCAGCCGGGAGGACAAGAAGCAUCUGCAGAGGAUGGAAAGCAACAUUGUGGCAAUGAGUGGCACGCUGACACAGACAGUCAGCCAGCUACAGCAGACCCUGGUCUCUGUCCAGGAGCUCCUGAUACAGCAGCAGCAGAGGAUCCAGGAGCUCUCUCAGGAACUGGCUGCAGCAGAGGCAUCGUCUUCAACUAACCGAGUCCUGGACAACCAAACCAUUGGAGAGUUGAAGGCUGAGAUUGUCUCUUUGAAGGGCUUACUGCUCAGCAGGAGACAAUUCCCUUCAACUCCCACUAUUCCUAAAAUCCCCUCAUGGCAGAUUCCCCUGAAGCCCCCGUCAGCACCUGGCUCCCCGCCAGUCAAUCACACCAACAGCAGCAGCGACAUCUCCCCCGUCAGUAACGAGUCUGCCAACUCCUCCCCCAUCAAAGAUGGACACCACUGCCCCCAGGAUGCACUGGGAGGGCCUGAUGGAGCGAAUGGUAUCAAUGGAGAUAAUGACACAGUGUGCCUUGGUGGAACGCUGACCCUGGACCUAAAGGACCAGGUCAGCAUGGAAGUGCAGAGGGAAGAGGAGAAGAAGGAGGUGGAGGAAGAGGAGCAGGAUUAUAUCAGCCACGGAGAGGAGGAGAAAGAGGAAGAGAAGGAUCCUGUAAGCAUGCAGACAGUGGCUCACCGAGGUGGGGAUGGACAGAUUAAUGAACAGGUGGACAAACUGAGGCAGCCUGAUGCUGCCAGCAAUGAGAGUGAGGUGGAUUAGAUAGCAGUAGAAAGCACAAAAACACUCCCUAAACACAUUCUGCUCCUCUCUGCUCACACUUGUUUUUUUUUUUUAAAUCCAUCUUCACUGUCUGUUUCCACUUAUUUUUGUUAUGUAUUAAUCUUGAGCGAAAUGAGGAGUAGGUAUGAGAAGAUGCAAAACUGACAAAUAUUGGAGUGUCUAGUUGACACACGGCUUACCUCGAUUUACUUUUCAUCAUGCAAACUAAAUGACUGCAUGCAGAGCCAAGUACCAUGCUGUGACGUUUCUUUGAAAGGAGAAAUGACAAGCAGUAGUCAAAUCCGAAUGACUUUAAAAGGCUGUGUGCAGUACUAACCGUGUGUGACUGACAGCUUUACAUUUUCAUAAUUUGAUCAGAUAAUUCACAGCUUUGCCUUGGUGUCCUUGUUGUUGUAUCAAGGCUCAUCUUAUCCAGACCAAAGAGGCAGAGCUGCAGACAAUAUCUCUUCUGUAUAGAGCAGCUGUAGGUCAGGAGUCGUAUGCUGGUACUUCAGUUUCAAAGUUACCGUGAGCUUCCAGAGAAGCAUUAACAGAGGUUUUCUCCCUGUUGAUGGCUAUAGGAGAGGACAAGCUCUUCCAGGGCCGGAGCUUUUAGCCUCUUUUAUGUGUCCUUUCGCAUUGGUGUCAGUCUGUCAAUAAUUCACAAGGCCAGCAGGGUGGCAUUUGGGUGAAAUAAAAGCCCUGAAAUUCGAGAUUAGAAUGUGAUGACGGGCUUUGUUCCAUACCGGUGUCAGGGUGCUCAUACGCU